CUCUUUUUAUUUGCUGUCACGUUGUUUUGACAGGUUGAUAACACAUCCUUAAUAAAACUUCUUUUUGAGACUAUCCGAAGAAGUAUUAUCAGUUAUGGCUAAAAGCUUAAGAAGUAAAUGGAGGAGGAAAUGUCGCGCUGUAAAAAGGGAGCGUUAUGGACAAAAAGAAUUGGAUAGACUAAAAAAGACUCUUGGUAUUGAUGAGAAGAAUAUGGACGUGACUAUGACUGAUAUUGCUGAAAUAGCAACAGUUACGGAUGCUAAAACUAUAAAAGAAAAGAAAAAUGUUGAAGAAAAAGAAGAUGAAAUGGUUAUGGACACUGCUGGAAAAAGGGUAUUUAAUUCUAAAACAAUGAAGGAUCAAUUUGGUAAUUAUCCUGUGUGGAUGAAUCAAAGAAAAGUACAGAAACAUAGGAAGGGUGAGAAAAAGAGAAGUAAAAGAAUUGGAAAAAAUAAAAAACGAAGCAACUAAUUUAAUAAUAAAUGUAAUUGAUUUUUUAAAUAAUAAAAUGUGUUA